UUUAAAUAUUAAACGCGGAUUACGCGGAUGCGUCGUGUUUGCCGGGAAACUUCUACUUGUUUUAUUGUCGUUCAAUGUUAAUCAUAUGGAUUAUUAAUUAGAUAUUCAUCAUGGAGAUAGAAUGUACUCAAAAGCUUGAGUGUACCCAGGAGCUAUAUAACACGCAAACAGAAAGAACUGACCCCGAACAGAUUGGAUUCCUGGGAAUACAGGGUUCCACAUACCCCGUAAAAAGAGGUCCCAACAAAAUAGGCAGAGACCCACAAACAUGUGGGAUUUACCUAAAUCUGAAUUCAAUAUCCAGGCAACAUGCUGUGAUAAAUGUCUUGAGUUUGAGCGACAUCAUGCUUAUGGAUUUAGAUUCAUCCAAUAAAACUAAAGUACAAGGUAAAACCUUGCAGCCAUACAUACCUUACCCGCUUAAAAGCGGCGACAUGGUUCAGUUUGGUGCAAUAUUCGGUAUGUUCAGGUUACUCGAGGAUGACAAUGACUUGCCGAUGACACAGGCUAUAGACCUGCCUUGUACUCCGGCCCCGGUGCCCAAACAAAUGUCUCGGUUGGGGGCUCCGGUUUUGGUGCCAGAAUCGCCUGAAGUCAGUGAUAUGGAUGACUCCUUUGUAAUGCCAUCACAAUCUAAAAAAUCGUCUGAAUUCAAGAGCCCCAUGAACAAAUUUUUAAAGCCUUCCAACAAAACUAUUGCUAUACAACCUAUGGGUAGUAAAACUAUAGACAAUGCUUAUUGGGCUUCCACCAGAAAAUCAGACUCAUUUAAUUUCCAAUUAGAUGAUUCUGGAAGUUCUUUCAAUGACUCGACUGCUUCAAACAAAUCAAAUAAAAUUGUUGAAGAAAGCAAUGAUAAUAUUCAUGAUAUGGAAACACAGAAGCCUUUCAAAGCGAAUGAUAGUACGGACUCUAUUUAUACUGCAAAUACGCAAGUAGCUUCGCCUUCUGUACAUUGUAUGGAAACGCAGCCGCCUGUGUUAGACAUUCAUAUGCAAGAGACGCAGCAAGCGCCUGACAUUCACGCUCUGGACACACAGAAUGUAUCUGAUAGUAUACAUAAUUGUGACACACAAGCUCCAAUCACGGAUAAAUUACCUGAAGUACGCAAAUUAGAUGACCAAGAAGAUGUACAAAUCGAUCUGUUCUCAGCAAAUAAAGAAAAUGAGAAUAGUUUGGACAAUAUAUUUAAUGCAGAAACGCAAGCGUUUGUUGCAGAAAAGGGAUCAGUUUUGGUUGAACCAAAGAAAUCUGAGAAUAUUAAUAACAGUGUUGAUGAAUCAUCUAAAAUUAAGGAUGACUCUGAUGAAGAAAUUGCGUUUGAAGAACUUAAUACACAAUCAUUCCACGACGAUUUUGAGUCGCAGCCGAUUAUACCGGCUGGCAACGUUUCCCCACCGAUAGAAAGGAUAGAAAAGAUUGAAGUAAGCUUCAAUAAAAUUAGACGAGAGUCUGGCAGUUCAACUGAUUGUGAAGAUAUGGAUAUCUUGCCAAAUCAAAAAUUAUCAACUGAUAUUGAUAUGUUACCGACCCAAAAGAUUAUAGUUGACUCGAAAACUGAGAAAAUAAAUAGUGAUAUAGGUGUUCUGCCGACUCUUGGUGAUAUAGGUGUUCUGCCAACUCAAAAAAUUGUUGGUGAUAUAGAGAUGCUCCCAACACAAAAAAUUGUGAAUAAUAAUGAUGAUGAUGAUGACCUAACCGAUUGUGAAGACGAUGAAUUAGUAAAAAAUGAAGUUAAAGCAGCAAACGCUAGCGCAAGCCCGGAAAUAGAUUUUGAAGAUAUAGCUACACAAAUUAUUGGGGAUGACGUAAUAGAAACUGAUAUUAAUAAGACUACUGACCAAACCGAUGGCCCUAAUAAAGGAAUCAGUUUUGAAGAGUUGCCUACACAAAUACUUACAGAUGACAUUAAGGAAGAAAAUUUCGAAGAAUUGCCGACUCAAAUUAUAACUGAUGAAGGAGAAAUUGAUAAACCCAAUGAAGAGGUUUAUUCUGAAGAAAUGAUUAGUCCUUUUAAAGUUCCUUUCCGAACUCCUUUGAAGGCUAAGAAAACUCCUACAAGAGAGUCAACUUCUAAAGUAGUUGUAACAGAUGUUGAUGAUGAUGACAAUCCUAAUUAUUAUGCAGCUACGCAAGAUUUAUUUAAUGAUCUUUGUACUCAAAGAGAACUAUCCCCCGAUUCUAUUAAAGAAAAUACGGCAAACCAGAAAGAAAAAGGUGAUGAUGAUGAAUUAGUGCCAUGUUCUGUAGAAGGUUACGAAAUGGGUGAUAGAUUUGGGCACAUAGAAAGUGAAAUAUCGCCAAUCAAAAAAUCUAAGAGUGAAGGUAGUGAUACUAAACUUAAUAAAAUUACCGAUCAAAAAUCAACUUCAAAUGCUGUACUUAAAACACCCCAAACCCUUAAAAUAAUGAAUAUUGAUCUUCCAGAUAGCCAAGAAAUAAAAACUAGUGUAACUUUAAAACAUAAUUCUAUUACAGAAUCUUCCAGUGACACUGAAACGGACGAGGUUUCUGAUCAGGACUCGGGAAUCACCUACAGGAAGAAACGGAUACCAAAAGUACAUGCCAAACAAGACCUCUCUAAAAAGCUUGAAGAACUACCUUCUAGAGUUAUCACGCGAGUUCGUAAGCCUACCCUUAAAGUACGAGAAUCUGACGAAAUAAAUAAAAACUGCAAAAGUAUUCUUAAGAGUAUUGUUUUAGCUGAUAGUGAUGACAAUAUUGAUGCAGAUAUUAUAACUGAAAAUAUAUCACGUUUAAAAAGCAAAACUGACAAAAAGAAAGGGAAAGAAAAGGAAGGUGAGCACUGUAAAAAAAUAUUAGACGAGUCCACAAAAAGGCCACAUUCACGGAAUGAAAAUAAGAAAAGAGACAAACCAACUGAAGAUACGGACAAUGACAGUAAGGGUAGAAGUAGUCGAUCUAAAUCUAAGAAAUAUGAUGAAACUAAAUCAAAAACUGAUGAUCAUAAAGAUUCUAAUGAUAAAAAAGUUAGGAGUACCCGAAGUACAAGAAAUAAAAAAAAUAAGAGUAAAGUCGAGGAAUCAAAGGACAAAGAACACAAGAGCAAAGAGGAAAAUAACUCUAAAUCAAGAAGUGAAUCUCAUUCAAGAAAAGAUUCUAGGAGUAAUUCUAAGUCUAGAAGCGAGUCAAAAACUAGAAGCGAUUCUAAAAACCGAAACGACUCUAAAACCAGAAGUGCUUCUAAAAACAGAAGCGAUUCAAAAAGUAGAAGUAGUAGAAGCACUAAAGAAAACAAAAAAGAUAAACCAAAAGACACAUCAAAGUCCAAAGACAAAACCCCGGAAACAGAAGUACGAAGAAGCUCGCGACAAAAAUCUAAUAAAGAGACUCCCAAACAUGAAAUCAGUACUGUAUACUUAUCUUCAGAGUCGAGUACGGAAUCGCCGAAGAAUUUAAAAAGGCCAGCGACGAAUGAGUUGGAAGUACCAAGUCCUAAAAGAACAAGGUCUUUGCCUAAUUCUAAGAGUUCUGAAUGUUUGGCGAGUACGUCGGUACAGAGUACUCCUGUUAAGGCUGAAACACAAUAUGUUUUGUUCACGGCGUUUUCUAAUGAUGAUGUGAGGAGUAAGCUCGAGAAAUUAGGAGCAGUAAUAGUAACCGACGUGAUGUCGUGCACGGUUCUGGUGACGCUUCAAAUAAAGCGCACGUUCAAGUUGCUCUGCGCCGUCGGCCUCGGGCGGCCCAUCGUCGGCCCCGAGUGGGUUCAGGCUUGCGCAGACUCCAAUACUAUUGUUGACCCAUGGCUGUACUUAAUAAAGGACUCACAAGCAGAGAGACGGUUCCAGUUCAGUCUAGAAAAGACCCUCAGGGGCAGAAGGAACUUCCUCGAGGGAUAUCACGUUUCGGCCACGCCCAGUGUGUUACCAACUGCACAAGAGAUGAAAUUGAUCGUGGAGUGCUCGGGCGGCGUGUGGCAAGCCUCGGGGCCGAACUGGGUGUGCGUGACGUCGGCGGCCGACCGCGGCCUGUGGGGCGCGCUGCGCCGGCGCCGCGCCGCGCUCGUCACCACCGAGUUCAUCCUGGGCGGCGUGCUGCGCCAGCGGCCCGACCUCGGCGGCACGGCUUGCGGGUGAAUAUCUAUGUUCCAUGCUUCUGAUAACUAUUUUAUACUUUUUCCACUAGGAUGGCUGCGAUUGUAAACGUCACACUAUCUUUAACCCUUUGACCGCGUCGGCCCCAACCGACGUAGCCACAAAAUUAACUUUAAAAGGAAUUCCUAGUUGCGAUGUUUCCGUAUAAACGCUCUCGACUAUUUCCUCCUUGGAUUUUUAACCUAGCGAAAUGAUUUAUUUUUCAAAUAGGAUCAAUAUCAU